CUGGCACUGUUUUUGUUAGUCACUCUCUCAAUCAAUAACACCCGGUUUUUCUGGACAGUUUUCCUAAUUACUUUCUCCAUUCCGCGGCCACAUUUUCUAAGGAACGCAAGAUGUCGCUUAUAAUUGAAUCGGGCAAAUCGGAUUUCAUCAAAGCAAAUGUUUCCAAUUCGCACAACGACGCCGUCGCCUUCGAGGUGAAGUUCGCCAAGGAUCUAACAGUUGCCCAGCUUAAGAGCAAGCUGGAGAUCUUGACGGGCGGAUGUGCGGGCACGAUGAAGGUACAGAUCUUCAAGGGGGACACCUGCGUGUCCACGCUGGACAACGACGACGCCCAAUUGGGUUACUAUGCCAACUGCGAUGGCCUACGACUGCAUGUGAUCGAUAGCUUUGCCACGUUCUCCUUCGACAGUGCUCCCGUGGAGAAAUUCGAACUGUCCAAGGAUCAGUACGAGCAGAGGACCGAUUCCGUGCGGAACUACCUCAAGCAGAAUCGGCUGGGCAAGUACAACGAGGAGGAGGUGCAACAGGCAGAGGAAAAGAGGCGCCUCCAGGCGGAGGAGAUCCAGAAGCGGGCGGAACUGUGCGUCCUGGGCGGGCGAUGCGAGGUUACGGUGCCAGGUAAUCCCACCCGACGCGGAACAAUCAGAUAUAAUGGUCAGCUAGAAGGCAAAAGCGGUCAUUUCAUUGGCAUCGAAUAUGAUGAGCCGCUGGGCAAGAACAAUGGAAGCAUCGCUGGAAAAGCAUACUUUAGCUGUGCUCCAAAUUACGGCGGCUUUGUAUCCCCAUUAUCCGUUACGGUUGGCGAUUUUCCACCGGAAGAAUUCAACAUGGACGACGAACUCUGAAAGUAUUUGGCACACGCCACAGUCCACAACACAUCUCGCAUCGCACAUGCCACUUUAACCAAAAGACUUGCAAGGCACUUAGAUUAUUUGAACGCAGGAAAUCACAACACUAAUUAUAGUUAUGCCAUUUUUAUUAAUUAAAACAUCUAUGUAUGUAUGUAUAUCAGAUAUUCUUACAACAUGAUUAUUCGUAAAUUCUAUAAUCGGCUUUAUCAUAAUUCUGAAUUAAUGGUGUUCUCAAUAAUUUCGCUUUGUUUUACAUUAACUCAACUGUUUUUGGACCGAAAUAAAUACCAGAAAUGAGUACACA